GCGAGCCCGCACAGACGCUCCCACAAUGGCGCCCUGGCGCCUUUGGCCCCGGGGCCGGGCUUCUUCUGAUUUUCCCCAAUCAGCGCGCGAGAUCGAGAAGUGACGGCGAACUCAGCGAAUGGCAGUGAGGGCUCUGCACAUUUUGCAACGUCUCUUCUCCCUUUCUUCGAGCUCCGCCAUUUCUCGCAACCCUCGCGUGAGGAGCGGCUAGCGCGCUGGACCCGGCCCGGGCAUCAGGACAAGCAACCGCUGCUGCCCUGAACCGGCGGCAGCUCGGGGAUUUUUCUUUCCAAAGGCGUGGGCGAACUCAAGAGGAGGAAAAGCCCCAGAGAUCCCUCAUGAGAAGGGGCUGCAAACCCAUGCCAAGGAGCUGCGAAGAGGAAAGACCCUCCCUGUGCCGGCAAGGUGGCUGGAGAUCCAGGCAGAGCUCAGAGCUGCUGCAGAAGCAUCAUGGAGGGGAGAAGCCCCACAAGUGCUUCAAAUGUGGGAAGGGUUUCAGCUGCAGCUCUGACCUGAUCCGACACCAGAGGAGCCACACUGGGGAGAAGCCCUACACGUGUGGGAAAUGUGGAAAAAGCUUCAGCACCCUCUCCAACCUCAUGCAGCACCAGGUGAUCCACACAGGGGAACGGCCCUACACUUGCUUCAAAUGUGGGAAGAGCUUUGGGUGGAGCUCUCACCUUAGUAGACACCAGCGCAUCCACACCGGGGAGAGGCCCUACGAGUGUCCUGUGUGUGGGAAGACGUUUCAGACCAGCUCCCAUCUCCUUGUACAUGAGCGGAUUCACACGGAUGAGAGGCCAUUCCGCUGCCCCGACUGCAGGAAGGGCUUCAAGCGCAACUCCCAUCUCAUCAGACACCUGCGCAUCCACAAUGGGGAGAGGCCCUACGAAUGUCCUGAGUGUGGGAAGAGCUUCUCACAGAGCUCUAACUUGACCCAACACCAACGGAGCCACUGCUAAGGGAAGCCCUGUGAGUGCCCCGAGUGUGGGAAGAGCUUCGUGCUCUGCUCCAUCUCCAUCCCCCAUGGGAGGAUCGGUGUUGGAUGAUCCCCAGUGACCCCUGUAAGAGUCGGUCGAAAGUUUUCUCUGAUCUGCCUCAGGACCAUCAUCAGAGACUGAAACCUGAGAUUGCACCACUUGCCCUGAACUGGAGCUCCAGCCUGGCCAAGGUGGAUGCUUGCGGGCCAAGGACUGUUUGUAGCUGUGCCUGGUGCUUGUCAUGGAACACUGCAGGGUACUGGUUAUUGCACCCUGUCCCCGCACCUGUGUCAUGGACCUACGAUCUCCACAUACAAUAGUCCAUAAAUCUCCCCACCUUUUGGCCAGAAGCCACUCGCUUUGGAAAAGGACUAUAAAAAGUGACUUUCUUAGAAAAGACUUCAAGAUCUCUUUCUCCCUAACGGAUUGAAGACGCGCCUUGUCUCGUCUUGUCGGACGGCCACGAGGAUGCGUCCCGUCUGUUGGUAGCUAUAUCCCAUCCUUAUUCCCUGUCUCUCCCCUUUUUACUUCUUUCCUCUCUCUCUCUCUCUCACGCACACAAAACCUGAUUGUUAGCACGCAAUAAACUGCAUUACUGCUUUCUGCU